CGAGUGUCGUGUGCAGCCCCGUCGAAACUGGGCGCUAUCGAAAUCUGACCUGACGUCGCCGUGCGUGAGAGUCUCCACUCCAACAGACUUGCACCUGGCUGUCGUGUGUGGCCAAGAGGUAUAAGGAUGGGCGUCUGUAAAGCCAGGAACCUUACCCUCGCCACAAAAUCUCUCUUUCUCCAACCAUGUCAUCCACUCAGACGUUCCCCAAGACGAUGAAGGCAGGCGUGCUCGAGAGCUACGAAAAGGGCUUCCAGUACGUCGCCGAUCACAACGUCCCCGAAGUUGGCCCCGACGAUGUCCUCGUCCAGGUCAAGGCUGCAGGCUAUUGCCACACCGAUCUCCAAGUAUCUGAGGGCGUAUACUCCGGUGCUGGAGCCAAGCCUGGCAUGAUCGGUAGCCACGAGCCUGCGGGCAUCGUCGCAAAGCUCGGUGCCAAUGCCGAGAAGCGAGGCCUCCUCAAGGUCGGUGACCGAGUCGGGUCCAUCAACACAUACCAUCCGUGCUUCAAGUGCCAACCAUGCCGCAACCAGGGACAACAAUUGUGCGAGAACGUCGGCGGUAUGCUCGGUGUCUCGGGUGGGAAGGACGCCCCAAAGGGCAAGGACGGUGGAUUCUCAGAGUACAUGAUUGCAGACGAUCAGGUUCUCAAGAAGGUGCCAGACAACAUUCCAUUCGCCGAGGCGGCCCCGCUCUUCUGCGCUGGCGCCACGACCUACGGUGCCAUUCUGGCCUCUGGCGCCAAGUCAGGCGAGUGGGUUGCGCACAUUGGUCUGGGCGGGUUGGGCCUGCUGGGCAUUCAGUACUCAAAGGCGCUCGGCCACAAGGUCGUAGCUAUCGACAACCGCAAGGAAGCAAUUCAGAUGGCAAAGGAGCAGAUCCCGAACCAUCUUCAAGCAGACGAGUACGUCCUCAUCGACUCGGAAGACGCGCAAAAGAAGUGCACAGAGGAGCUCGGUGGCAAGUUCUACGACUCCAACCCGGGCGUGGACAAGGUCGUCAUCAACGCGGAAGCGCGCCACCUCGUUGCUUUUGCGCAAGACUUUCUGCGAAUCGGCGGCGUCCUCGUCGACGUUGGACUGCCGUCGGACGGUCCGCUUGAGGUCUCGCCAUUCCCUCUCUCGUUCAAGGAGCAGACGGUCAAGGGCCGCCUGAUCUGCACGCCCGACCAGAGCCAGGACAUGGUGAACCUGCACUCCAAGAACGGCUGCAGGACGCCCAUCGAGCAGACGUUCAACAUCAAGGACAUCCACGAGUGCCAGAAGCGAUACAAGGCCAAGGACCUCAAGGGGCGUCUUGUCGUGGUGUUCGAGUAGGGGCCGAUUUGCAAUGUAGCAUGUAUUGUCGCCGUGCGUGCCCCGCUUGUCUCCGUGCCUUAAUUCGAUUCUACAACGUCACCACUCCCCGCACUGCCCUUGCGCGCCCACAUUCCUCUCAUCUCGUCCCUCAACUGCUGUUCUCUCCUCUGCACCUCCAAGCUCUCCUUACUCCUCAACAUUCCCAGCACGUCCUUUGUCUUUCCAAAGUAGACGUCUACGAUUUGGUUGCGCAUCUUUGACUCGACAUCCUCGAUGAGCCGACCCAGGUUGGCAAUAUGGGAGAGGGAGUAGCGUGAAGGGGCUGAGGCUGAUGGAGGUUGGAUGGGAGCAUCGCUCUCUGCUUGGCGGGUGAGGGAGCCGGCUAGCUCGAAUUGCUGUUGGAGGGGAGCGUCUGAAGAUCCUUCUG